AUGGGCAAGGAUCCUAACUCAUCGCAUAGAGUUGCUAUCAAAUGUUGUUGUGAUUUAACAAAUCAAGCGCAACAUAUUGAGGCAAUUAUUGAAAAACAAACUUCCAUACAAAUUGCUAGAAAUCAUUUGCGAUUGAAGACCUCGAUAGAUGUGAUUAAAUGGUUAACAUUCCAAGCCUGCGCUUUCAGAGGUCGUGAUGAACGCCACGAAUCUAACAACCGAGGGAAUGUUAUUGAAUUGAUAAAGCUCUUGGCUUCUUAUAAUGAGGAUGUGGUAGCAAUGGUUUUGGAAAAUGCUCCUCAAAAUGCUUCCUAUCAUUCCCAUGGGAUUCAAAAACAGAUUCCUAGUAUUUUCUCUAAUAAGAUACAAAGAUUCAUUCGUGAGGAGAUUAAUGAUGGGAAGUUUUGCAUUCUAGUUGAUGAAUCUGAAGAUGAAUCGAAAAGAGAGCAAAUGGCAAUUGUUUUGAGAUUUGUUGAUAAAUAUGGUUUUAUAAAAGAGCGUUUCUUUGACAUAGUUCAUGUGUUAAAUACCACGUCGGCAACUUUGAAAGAAAAAAUUUGUAUUGUCCUUUCUCGUCAUAACCUUGGUGUGCAAAAUAUUCGUGGUCAAGGAUAUGAUGGUGCCAGUAACAUGUCUGCAGAAUGGACUGGGUUGCAGUUUUUCUCUUACUUGACUCAAGCAAUUAAUAUAGUUGGCUCAUCUUGCAAAAGACAUGAUCAAUUAAGAGCUGCUCAGGUUGUAGAUAUUGCUGAAAAGCUUGCCAUUGAUGAUGAAUUCGAGACUGGUAAAGGAAAAAAUCAGAUUGGAACAUUGAAACGAGCUAGAGAUACUCGAUGGGGUUCUUAUUUGGGUUCCAUUUGUAGUUUGAUAAACAUGUUCAGUGCUACUUGUGCAGUCUUAAGAAAUAUAAUUAAUGAUGGAAGCAAAUCGAAUCAACGAGCUGAGGCAGAUGGAGUUUAUGAUUCCAUUACAUCUUUUGAGUUUGUCUUCAUCUUACAUCUUAUGAGGGAUAUCAUGGAGAUUACCGAUGAUCUUUGCCAAGCUUUGCAAAGUAAAUCUCAAGAUAUAUUAAAUGCAAUGCAUUUGGUGUCUACAACGAAGAUACUUAUUCAAAAAUUUAGAGAAGAUGGAUGGUUACAAGAAUUAAACAAUAGGUUUAAGGAAGAUGUAAUGGAAUUGCUUGUUCUUAGCUCAGCUUUGGAUCCUAGGAAUGGUUAUAGAUCAUUCAACAUUGAGGAUAUUUGCAAACUUGCAAAUAAAUUUUAUCCCAUGGAUUUCUCCGAGCAAGAAAAAUUGCAUUUGAAGUAUCAGUUGGAAAACUAUAAGUUUGAUAUUUCCAUACUUCCCGAGUUUCAGAAGCUGUCAACCAUUUCUGAGUUGUGCCAAAUGUUGGCAAAAACAAAAAAGUCGACAAGUUAUCCUCUUAUUGAUAGAUUGAUCCGUCUUGUGUUGACUUUACCUGUUUCAACUGCUACAUCGGAACGUGCAUUUUCAGCUAUGAAACUCGCUAAGUCUAAAUUGCGCAAUAGGAUGGAAGAUGGUUUUCUGGCUAGUUACUUGAUUACGUAUAUUGAAAAGGACAUUGCUUAA